AUCGGGAAAAAAAACAGCAGAGUGAACUGCGAAGUCGCUCCUCGAGAAAAAAAAAUUCUCGCAUCUGACGACGUCUACACAGAGGUGAAGUUUCCGUGGGCAGUAGACUAGAAUCUAAAUUAGGUAGAUUAUAGACUUUCUAGAUCUAGACAGUCACAAUGGCUUCUCAAAUUCGUCCUCUUGGUGAACUAAUUGAUGAGGCUACAACAGCUUUUGAGAAAAGAUUUGGAUCCAAACCCACUAUCGGAGCCCGUGCACCUGGUCGUGUCAACUUGAUUGGUGAGCACACUGAUUACAACGAUGGAUUUGUUUUUCCUAUGGCCCUGCCCAUGGUCACUGUCAUAGUUGGUAAUCCAACAACCUCUGGCGUAUGUCGUGUUGAGACCCUGUCAGUUUCCACAGAUGAGCCUUGGUACACAGAGUUUAGUGUGGAUGACAUCAAACCAGGGAAGCCAAAGUGGUGCAAUUAUGUUAAGGGUGUUGCAGCACAAAUGCCAGGAAAAUUAACAUCAUUUGAUGCUGUGAUUGUGUCAUCUGUGCCACUUGGAGGUGGAGUCAGUAGCUCAGCCUCAGUAGAAGUAGCAACAUACACUUUCCUGGAGCAGAUUUGUGCUGAGGGUGCAGACAUUCCUCUGAUUGAAAAAAUUCUCAAGUGUCAGAAGGCUGAGCAUGUAUUUGCUGGUAUGCCUUGUGGCAUCAUGGACCAGUUUAUUUCCAUGAUGGGUAAAGAAGGCCAUGCACUGCUGAUUGAUUGUCGAUCUCAGAUUGGACGUCUGGUGCCAAUGUCUAACCCUGAUGUAGUAGUACUAGUCACCAACUCCAAUGUCAAACAUGAACUGACUGGAUCUGAGUACCCAACAAGAAGGAAACAGUGUGAGACAGCUGCUAAAGUUUUGGGAGUUACCAGCUUGAGAGAUGCUACAGAAUUAGACCUUGAAGCUACCCGUGAAAGAAUUGAGGAAAGUGAACAAGCUAAAAAAGGGGAAGUUGACAAAGAAACAUUUUGCCGGGUUCGACAUGUGAUAACAGAAAUAAAACGUACAGAUCAAGCUUCUGCUGCACUUGAAAUGGGGGAUUAUGAAAGGUUUGGGGAUUACAUGGUUGCUAGUCAUAACUCACUCAGGGAUGAUUAUGAGGUGUCUUGCAAAGAACUGGAUCAGCUUGUUGAGUUUGCCCUGGAGAUGAAAGAUGAAGGGGUCUAUGGAUCUCGCAUGACUGGUGGUGGCUUUGGUGGUUGCACAGUGACCCUGCUUAAAGCCAGUGCUGUGGAUAAAGUUAUAAAACACAUGGAUACCAAAUAUACUGCCAGUGGUAGGAAGGCAACAUUCUUUGUCUGCCCACCAUCAGAUGGUGCCAGCUACCUCGAUCUGCCUGCAUGAGACAUUCAAUCUCACUGAAAUAUUUACUUUGAAACUUUAAGGGAUUUGUGCUAGUGGGCUAAUUCUAUAUAUUAAUAUAAAUAGGUAUUUAUAUUGAUACAAGAUUUUAAUAUCAUUUUCUUUUGAGACCAAGAUAUACUAAACUUGUGUUUAAAAAAAAAUAAAAAUUGUGAUAUGUUAAAAAUAUACCAUAAGCUUUAUGUGGGUGAAAUGUAAUUUGUGAUGAUCUAUUAAUGAACUAUUAUCUAUUUUAGUUUCUGAUAUAAAAACUUCACCUUGCUAUAAGUAAUUCACUUAAUGUUGUAAUUAUUGGUUAGAUUUCUUUCUAUAAAAAUCUCAUGAGCAGCUAUAUUUGACUAUGCAGUUUAUCUAAUACUGAAACAUUGAAGAAAUGUUGUCUUCCAUGUUAUUUUGUUUCUGUACUAGCAUAUUACUGUCAAGUGUUUUAAAUAUAUUUUUCGCUGUAUUAGAAAUUCUUGCUCAAAAAAAAAAAGAUGAGUGGCUUUUGGGAAGUCAUAAUGAUAAAGCAAUGUAAUUUAUUUCUGUGAAAUUGUGUUGUUCUGAAUGAGGGAUAUGUACCUAAGGUGCAAUAAUGAGCUGGGCAUAAUGCAGCAAUAGCUUUACACAUCAGACAAAAUGAUCAUUUGUUUAGUGUUUAAAUAUACAAUUUAACACACAUGUUGCAAUUUAAAUUUUUAGUAUAUACUGUAUAUACUAUUUUGUAUUGAAUAUCGUUUACUAACAUGUAACUAAAAAGAAAUUAUUUAGAUUUUGAAUUGUUUAUACAUUUUACAAAUGCUGGGAAUGUUGUUUUUUUUAAAGUAAAGAUUUAUACAACUUAUAACUUAUAAGUAUAAUCCUAGAUAAAAAGUGUGCAUAAAUAUUAGAUAUGCCAUUACUCUGUGUGUGCACUAAUCAGAAAAUGUGAAUUUCAUUAUCAUCGCAACAAACAAUGUGAACACUAUAUUUCACUCUAAUAAGAUUGUUGAUCUUGUUAUAAUGCACCUGUCACAGAACAUUCUAUAUUAACUAUCAUCACAUACAUUUGGAUCUUUAGUAAAUGUGUGUACUGGUAUUUGUGAGAUGUCUGAAUUUAUUGGUAGCCUGAAAGAUCAUACACUUCAUGCAUUCUAAUGAAAACAUUUUUUUCUCUAUAGAAUCUUCAUGUAGAAGUUUGUAUAACUUUGUCAUUUAUUUGUCCAAUAAGUUACACUGUAGUUGAUGCUAUGUUCUUAGUGUAAAUUGUACAAUUAUAGAUUUCAAUGUCAUUUACAUCAAAUUUAAAAUAUUUCAUGUUUUAAAAAUCAUUAAAUUUGUUCACUGAUUGCUAAUUUUAAAAUCUUUGGCAUUAACAUAGAUCAUCCAGUUUAUUAAAUUGAUUGGCAGUUUGAA